UUGUAGAGCUUUUUACAUCGGAACUUCAUCGCUAGAAGAAGGAGCUGAAAUCGAUAAAUGUUGCUACUUCCGCGGUAGCUUCCUCAAGUUAGAUAUUGAUACAGGCAAAAUUAUAUGGAAGACUUUUAUGCUUCCGGAGAACGGCGGAAAAAUCGGCGGUUAUUCUGGCGCCGCCGUAUGGGGAAGCAGUCCAUCAAUCGAUUCCCAGCGAAAUCACGUCUACAUCGCUACCGGAAACCUCUACUCUGUCCCCAAACGCAUCGCGGAUUGCCAAAAGGAGCAGAAUCAACAGAACCAUACAGAUCCGACCCAACCCGAUAAAUGCAUCGAGCCGGAGAAUCACUCCGACUCGAUUUUGGCAUUGGAUCUGGAUUCCGGUGAGAUUGAAUGGUAUAAACAGCUUGGAGGAUAUGAUGUGUGGUUUGUUGCGUGUAUGAAUUCGACGAACCCUAAUUGCCCGAUUGGCCCAAGCCCAGAUUAUGAUUUUGGAGAAGCUCCGAUGAUGCUUAGCGUGGUUGUUAAUGGAAGGAAGAAGGUAGACAUUGUAGCAGCUGUGCAGAAGAGUGGAAUUGCUUGGGCAUUGAAGCGUGACAGUGGCAAACUCUUCUGGACUACUGAGGCUGGUCCUGGAGGUAUAGGAGGAGGAGGUAUAUGGGGAGCAGCCACAGACACAAAGAGGGUAUACACUGGCAUUGCCAACACCGGUAACUUAAACUACACAUUGUAUCCAUCAACGAAGAUUACAACAGGUGGAGCCUGGGUGGCAAUGGAUGCUCAAACCGGCAAAAUCCUAUGGACAACUGCAGUUCCAAACAAUGGUAGAUCAAACCCUGUAACCGUUGCCAAUGGAGUUCUGUUAGCUGGUUCACAAAAUCCAAGAGGCCCCAUCUACGCCAUUAAUGCGAAAACUGGGAAGAUAUUAUGGUCGAACGAGACUGGUGCAACUGUGUUUGGGGGUAUGUCAGUUAGCAAUGGCUGCUUUUAUGUUGGCCAUGGUUACAGAUCUGGUAUAGGAGUCUUUAAUCCCAACAACACUGGUGGAACUUCACUCUUUGCCUACUGUGUAUAUUGAAAUGCCAAAUGAUGUCCAACUAAUAACUUCGGCAAAUAAUAUGAUGAAGAUAGUAAAUAAAGAAGUACAUGUUUGUGU